AGAUAAAGCCCAGUAAAGUCUGUUCAAAGAUGGUCCGAGGGUCUUCAAUGAGGAAGAUAGUAGCUCAGGACUGCUCUCUAGUUGUUGGUUGGAUGGUUCAGUUGCCUGAUAACAGCUGAAUUGAUUGGAUUAACAGGGAGAUCGGCAAAUCCGUUCCUCAGGGAUCGAAAGUGAAGUAUAUCCACUGAUGCUGUCACAAUCCCCAAAGAGGAAAGGAAAGAAGGAACAAGUCCUGGCCAAAGAAGAAUCCGUGUUCCAUGCAAAACCCGACCAAGUGAAGCCUGACAAAAAUGGCAGUGGAAGCCCGAUGCUUAGCCCUGAAAACGAAAGCUGCGUGUUCAAAGCUUUUGAGGAAAGAACGGAGAUCUUGGAUGCAAUGGAAAUUCAAGAAGAUAAUCUGACACAAGUGGAGCUGCCUAUUGAUCAGAGGCCUGCAGAGAUUGUAGAAGAGGAGGAGAACUUGCAAGAGCGGAGUAAAAAAGGCAGUGACAAUGGGAGAGAUGGGAGGCUCCAAAAUGUGGGCGAAAAGAUUGGUAAUGACAUGUUCAACACAGAAGAGACCCCUACGCCCCAUCGCUCUGAAGAAUAUCCUCGUUUGCAUGCGGAUCCACGUGACAAAGGAAAGAAAGGCAAAGCACGUGAAGCUGGUCCUCGGGCAGAGAAAAAAAUGGCCGACCCGGUCAAAGAAGAGGUGGAAGAUGCCGCCCAACCAGGAGAGAAUCCUAAAGGUAGACGGUUUCACCCGCAGGAUCCUCCUCAGAAAGGGAAGACCAUUGAAGAAAUUGAAGCUGGACUUCAGAUGGAAGAGAAGAUCGAUGGCCUUGCAAAGCAGGGGAAGGACGGUGUUGAAGCUCAGAUGGAAGAGAGCCCAAACGCUAAAUACCUUUCCCCGCAAGAUCCUCCUUACAAAGUAGAGAAGGUAAUUGAUGAAAGCAAAGCCGAUAUUCAAGUGGACGAAGACGUUGUUGACCUUGCUGGGCAAACGGCAGGAAUUGUGAAUCAACCAGUUUGGAAUCUGCAAGAUAAACGUCCUCCUGCCCUGCUGGGUCCCUCUCAGGUAGAGGACACCAUUGAGGAAAGCGAACCUGAGCUUCGAGUGGAAGAAGAGUCUUCUGAUCUUGUGGAGCAAGAGGUGGAAGCUGCCAGUCAAGCAGUAGAGGGUCCAAAAGACACUCAUUUCCCACCACAAGACCUUCUGGAAGAAGAAGAGAUCGAUGAAAGUGAAGCUGAUCCUCAGCUGGAUGAAGAGAUGGCUGACCUUGCGGUGGAGGAAGGUGCAGAUCAGGUACAGGAGGAUUGUGAAGAUCCCGAUCAGGAAUUGGAGGAUAGUUCCGCGGAGCAAGAGGUUCCUCUGGAUGAGAUUGAGAGUGAAAUCAUAUCUGCGUUGGAGGCCGGCACGGGUGACGAUAACUUGGAAGAAAUAUUGGAGAGUGCCGCAGAGAGCCUGGAGGCCGAUGAAAAUGAAAUCUUGCAAGCGGCUGCAGGACUUGCCGUCUUUGCUCUGUGAACCGACAGGCUAUUGCAAGUUGGCAAACACAACACAGUUCCUCACUUUUCAUUAUGCUCCCACCUUUUAUCUCAUUACUUUGGUGUCUUCCCUACCCGGAACUGUGAAUUGAUAUGGACAAAGUCGUUUUAGUUUAUCGGUGCCGUCCUCUGAUCGGCAUGUUUAUCACAAAGAGCGCGGGACUUUUCAAGUGAAGGGCGGGUAGUAUCAUUGACAAGGGGACACCAAUAUAAAUUUGUUUUGAUUGUAGAGAAUUACAUUUGGCCUUUUGAUUACCCAGUGUCCACAUUCAUGAUGAAAACUACCAAUCCCGAUAAUCCAUGCUGUAAUUACGCCCUCCUGGCUAAUGGUGGCACUGCAGCGCCUCCACCAUUUGGAGGUCUGGUCAAUGAACGGCUUGUUGACUUGUCCCUGUUGAAAAUGGGGGG